AUGGGGAAAUUAAAUCAAGUGAACCGAAACGUAUCAAUGACACUGGAUAAAUUACCGGGUAUUAGAGGCGAUCUUGUUCGCACCAAUCACUUGUGGGAAAGCUGGAAUUUCUUGAAAUUAUGUGAAGCCCUUCACCUGUGGACAAGAAGAGACCCGCUUGAUUCAUCUGUGAAAACAAAUUAUGUCCCUCGCCGGCGGGAAACAUUUAACAAGCUAUUCAACGCCCAACAAAGGAAGACAAAACAGCGUGGGUGUGUCUAUUGUGAUCAUACAUUGCAUGUUCCCUUGGAAUGUCCAAAGAUAUCAACAGUGGAUGAAAGGGAGCAAUUUCUGGCACAACAUCGCCUCUGUUUUAACUGUGCACGUGGCAGUCAUGAAGCCCCAAAUUGCUACAGCAGAUCUUCAUGCCGUACAUGGAAAUGCCGACAUCAUACUUCAAUUUGUGACCGAACGGGGCCACAGCAAGAAUUAGCACUAACCACCUUAGAAAAGGGAGAUGGCAUUUUUCCAGUCGUGAAUUUGAAAGUAAAUGUUGUUGAGUGUCGUGGGUUAAUCAACACUGGUGUGGGAAGCUCUUACAUUUAAGUGAAUCGGAUUGGCCUUCUGAAGAUUAAACCUGUAAAUGUGGAAGUCAAGCAAGUGGACAUGUUGAUGGGAACGUCAAUGGCACCCCUUGAAACAUAUGAAACCUCAGUUACAUCAGUUUGUGGGAAUUUCAAAAUGAACGUAAACUUAAUCAAGGUGGAAAAGGGAGAGCUGUUGACAAUAGACAACUACGAAGUAGUGAUUGCAAAGUAUCCACAUUUAAAGGGAGUGAAAGUGCGUGACUGA